AUUAGAUUUGAUCCAAACUGUCAAAAUAAAUAAGCUUAAAAGCAAAGACAUUCCUUUUCAGAAAUGAAUCACUACACAUUUAGUUUUAUUGGGGUGUUCUUGGCCUCAGUGAGCCGCUAAGGUCAUAUCACACAUACAGCAUUUUGAGAGGUCAUCAUUGAUUAAAAGGUCCAUUGGAGAAGAACAAUAUUAAUGCAUCCGUUCUACUUCAGACAGUUACCCAAUAAUAUGUGAAGUAUUUCUGCUGUGAUCCUGAAACCCAUGAUUAAUGAGUCGAUCAGGGCUGCAAAUUGGCCUAUUGAUAAAUUUAAGUCUUGUUGUGCUUUGUUCGGGAAAAUCCCCCUAUCUGUUUUCGAUUCUUCAGGACAGAAUCCUUCAACACUGUCCUAUCAUAGAGCCACAUGAGGAUGUAGAUGGAGUCUCACACACACACACACACGCACAUGCUCACAUCUGCUAUGACACCGCUAAAUACUUCCACUUACCUCAGUAAUUAGACAGCUUUGAUUUAUCAAGCUCAUAUAUCAUAUCAUUUGGGUCUUGUUUUGGGUCUAAUUAAUUAUUGUCAGGUAAUUUUGCAACACACAUUUCAGGGGGAUGUUACAUUGUAGACUUCCUUUUUGUCCCCAUACUAUGAUUUAAACAGACGCUGGUCCCCACAACAUGACUAAUACCUGGAGCACACUCAAACAUACAUUUACAUUGCAUGAAACCUCAGCUUUAGAAGCAAGCAAAAAUAAAUCCAAAACGUUAUCAUUGCAUCUUUGACCCAGUUUGAUAUAUAAUACCGCCAUUAAACAAUAUUAUUGUAUUAAUAUAUUAUUAGUUUUAGGGAGAAAGCUUCUCUAAUUGGGAUGGUGUUGAAACUAUGCUCCAAGAAAUUAGGCUAUGAAUAAUAAAAGCAGUUGGUUGCUGUCUCCAGCUGUCCACACCCAGUAACACCGGGCUGAUUAGGAUGUUAUUAAUGUGCUACUGAUUGGUCAAAACAAGCUCGACCUGAGGCGUUAGACUUUAUUAAAAAAAUAGCAAGUGCAAGCAGGGAUUUGUAGAUGCUCCAAAAGGUGGUGUGUACGUGCGUGUGCACAUCACUUGGGGCCACAUGCACGCAUGCAUGUGCAGCUGUGAUCAGUGCAUGUCAGGGGCACUAUGAGUAUUGUAAUGGAUGAGGGCAGCUUGGAGGUCCCCAGUGAGAGACUCGUGGUGUAUAAAACCAGCGUCUUCCUGCACACAACAGCCACUCUUCAUGCUUAAUGCUUGGAUGUACCUCUAUCCAAGUGGCUCAUACAGAACUGGGAGGGAGACUACAUACAAUAUUCUUGCUUUCAGUUUUAUAUUGCAAAACAACAUUUUUGGAUUGACUCUGUGCUGGUCCUAAUGUCAUGACAGGGGUUACUAAUUCUGUUCAGAAGAGGAGAAACAGACAGGACUUAGAAAAUAGUAAAAGAAUAUAAAAAAAACUGCAAAAUUCACUAUUUUUCUUUUGUUUGAAGACAGUCAAGGAAUGGAUGGUAAGUAAUUUGUUCAAAUGUAUGCAAGCUCUGGAGACCAGAUAUUCAUUCAUUUGAUGAUAAUGAUUACCGGCAAAUGUAUCGGUGAUUCGUCUUCAAAUUAUUCACAUCAGCACCUAUCUCUCCUCAGGUCCUGUGUUGUCUCAAAGCUGUGCACUGUCUCUAACCUGCUGUGCAGAUGGGGGGUCACUAUUGAGCACCAAGGCCCCUCAAGUCAGUGGGGUCAGAGUUCAGUUGGAGAUGCAUGCGCUUUGGCAGCAGUUUGACCAGCUGGGCACGGAGAUGAUUGUUACCAAAACUGGAAGAAGGAUGUUUCCGACAUUCCAGGUGCAAAUCUCUGGGAUGGAUCCGACUGCUGAAUAUGUCUUGCUUAUGGAUUUCAUCCCUGUUGAUGAUAAACGAUACAGAUAUGCAUUCCAUAGUUCCUCGUGGUUGGUGGCAGGGCGAGCAGAUGUUGCAGCUCCGAGCAGGAUGCAUUUCCACCCGGACUCACCUGCCCGUGGAGCCCAGUGGAUGAAGCAGACGGUGUCCUUCGAUACUCUCAAACUCACCAACAACUUGCUGGAUGACAAUGGACACAUGAUAUUAAACUCCAUGCAUCGUUACCAGCCACGCUUCCAUGUGGUGUAUGUGGAUCCGGCACCCAACAGCCACCUAAAUGCUUACAGAAACUUCAGCUCUUUCUCCUUCCACGAGACACGCUUCAUGGCCGUCACCGCCUAUCAGAACCACCGGAUUACCCAGCUAAAAAUUGCAAGCAACCCGUUUGCUAAAGGCUUUAGGACUGCAGACCCUCAGGAUUGGGUGGGGAAUUCCAGACCCCCGUCAGUAUGGUGUCCACCAGAGGGCAGAACAGAGCUCCUUGCCGCUAAACCUGGAGAGCAGAGAAGCUGGGGCUCGAAAUCAAUCAGACAGGAGGAAACAGCUUUGUUUCUGGUGGAGCAGAAUGGACCCUUCCACCACUGUAAAGAGUCUGCAGAACUGACCGUGGAGAGGAGAGACGGGGACAAUUUAUCAGCACCUGCUUCAUUCUUCCCUCUCACUUCCUACCGCGACUGUGCAGGAUCAUCUCAAGACAGAGACAAUCCGCCCUAUAGAGAAAACUAAGCAAAGUGACUGAGCUUUGACUUAAAUGUGACCUUAUUUAUUAUCAUACAGCUUGUGUGCUUAUAGCAAACGUUUGUGAUAACCUUAACAAAUAGAUUUUUAAGAAUUCUGCAGUCUAACAUCAAGGGCAUAAUGUCUAUGACAACAUGACAGAUGUACUGCAGUGACGCCGUACACUAUAUAUAAUAUCCAAUACAUAAUAUCCAAUUAGAGCACUACCGAGUCACAGUAAAGAACAUAAAACAUACAGUUGUAUUAAUCCCUACAAGCUCAAUUGUAAUCUGUCAU